AUGUCUCUUCCUACGGAAAAGGUUCAAGAACUAAAACAGAUCAUUCACAACCAUCUAUCACAAAUGAAUGUUCAUUCUCGGAUUAAGGAAUGCGUAGAUGAAUCUUUCAGAGGCGACGAUCUUGAAAGUGGUGCGCUCGAUGAAGCAGGUUUGUUGAAUGCGUUAAAGGAAAGAGGCAUCGUCGAUGAUGUGAUGAACACACUAAAAUUCGAAGGUUUGGCAAGAGAACGAAGACGACCAGAGGGCAGAAAAAGGGCAGAAGCUAUUGAAGAAAUUCCCACAAGAGGUAAAACGACGUCAAAUCAAAAUAUAUUUGAUUUGGAACGACGGCAUAUAUAACUAAGUCACAGGAUAUUACUUACAGAAAAACUUUUUUACUUUCGUGUGCCCGGUGGCCAUGUCUCGUCAGUGAGAUAAAACGACCUUAUCAUUCAACUAGCUCGUGGCUCGGCAGUCCUGGAGAGCCACCUUGCCUCCGAGCCACUAAAAUGUAUACCUUCUAAGACUCUAACCUCGAUUGACGAGGCACCGAGCCACUAAAAUAUUAAAUAAAUACAUGUUCAUGGACAUGCAGCCUUGUAGCUGUAUAUCUAAUUGCUACCUAACACUUUAUAAAGUUACAGUCGCACCGGGAUAACCAUGAACACCAGAGUAUUUCUGAAAGCUAUUGUGUUGUGAGAAAAAAAGUAAACCAGGCAUGAGAAACCCACUGCAAGCAAGAAAGUUAAUUAGUUUGUGGUUUUGUGGCUAGUUUGAACGUCCACAUCUUUGUUCUAACACAAUAAACAUUUCUGAAAAUAAUAUUUCAAGUGUUAACGGUUUUCACCAUAAAUAAUUUUCUUUAUCCCGACCUCUGACUGUAUGCUGGUUGUUGCCUGGUUCAAUCAGAAUCCAGCAACCCCCCCCCCCCCCAACCCUGAAGAGAAGACCCCAUACAUGUAUGAAAGAGACCAGUACGCUGGUCAACAAAUUAGAAUUAAACCUUUAUAGGCAACUAAUCUGGCAGCUACUUAUCUGGGACAGGGUGCUUUAUUGAACCCCUAAAGGAAACCAAACUCUGACACAGUCUGGCAGCAUUUGUUUCUUUUAAUAUAACUGUAGAUAUUUGCUCAGGAUCAAACUGACCAUGAACCAUUAUUGUUAUAGCCAUUUCAUUGUAAAUGUAUUGUCAUGUCUUGCAUAUUACAGUUGGAGUUGAUCCCACCAAGAGGUAUCUGUAUCUUCAGAUUCUUGGAGGAAAAGCAUUCUUAGAGCAUCUACAGGAUCCUGAACCAAUGCGAGGAAAAGUUACAUCCACUUUUACUCUACACGUUCAUUUUAAAGGACAGCGAUUUAAAUCAAGACCUGUUCCUUGUGCCUGUGAACCUGAUAUUAGUGAAGGUAGAUGAGUAAAAGAAAAUGUACUCCUCUAGGGAAAGGUUAACCCAAUCACCCCUGAGGCACCUGUAACCGCCCCCUGCCGAUCCCCGUCCCUUCUACCACUUGUGACAUCAUCAGUUUUAAUAGACAAGGAAACAGACAUACUUUAUACACUAACUUGUGCAGAGUGAAGAGAUCUUUGAAACCAUACCAGAAUGAGCACAAUUCAGUCAAGGACACCAGAGAAAAAGGAAAAAAAUCAUGUAACAUUGACCUGAAAAUUGCCAUGAACAUCUUGUACCACUACCCACCUACCCUUCCUUUCCCACCAAAAUAAAGCCUACUAAAUGCCUAGCAAAACUUUGAUUUGAUUUUUGUGCAUGCCUGAACUUCGCAAGCUAAUAUUUUGCAUCUGGAUCAGAAGGCCACAAAGUGUAUGAUCUGUAAAUGGCUUUGGGGUAAGUUUUAACGCUUAAUAGCACAACAGUGACCAGAAAAUGGCUCAACUGGCUUUAAAAUGCAUUUUCAGCAAAAUCUCCAGGGGUGAAUGGGUUAAAUUAAUAGAUAUGUUAUAGUGAUAUUUAGUAAAUUAAAGUAAUCUUACCACAUUAUGUGUAGCUUAAAUUAACACCCCCUUGUCAUUUCAUGUCAUAGUUGUGCCGGGACCGCAAAGAAAUUUACAAGAGUGAUGUACCUACAGAGUUGUUUUUUUUGCUCAUUAAACCAUUGCACAAAUUGUUACCAUUACAGUCAAACCUCUAUUAAGCGGUCACCCUCAGGAAUUAGCCAGGUGAUUGCUUAAUAGAGGUUUUCUAAAUUAAAAAAAGACUAUGAUGCAGCAGAAAUUUACGUACCAAGAAGGCAAUUUAAUUGAUCACUCUGUUUACAAUAUUUUUUUAUUGGUUACAACAACAGUAAGGCGAAAUAUAAUUAAAGUAUUUGGAUGUUUAGCCUGUGUACAGACAUCCCCCCUCCGUCAGGAAAAAUCGGGAGAGGAGACAUCUGUGAAUCGCCAUCGUUAAUCGUGUUCCAGUAUACAUUUGCAUAAAUUAUUUUUUUGCUUUUUCGCGGACAGUUGAAAAGGUGCAUGUAGGUCAAAAAAUAGCUCUGGCGUCUGUGCACAGGCUAGCCGAACAUCUUCACGCAAUAUCCACCCAAAAAUCCAGAUAUACUAGUAAGAUCUCUGAUUACAGUCAAGCCAGGUCAAGCGUACCUUCCAAGAUGCCAUUGAUGUUUUUAUUAUUCGAAAGUUGAACCGUUGGUAGUUGUAGAUUUGAGAUUCAUCUCUGUGUGCAUUCUUGCAUGCGUAAUGAGCCAUGAAUUCACACGCGAUUCAGUUACGAAAUUUCUACCGGCUCAGUUUCCCUGAAUUUGAUGUAAUUGUCUUCUAAGACAUUUAAUCCAUUCAAAGAUUUUCAAUCUGACCAAAUGCAGAGAAGUUCUCUUAAAAUAUUCCCUGCUCAUUACGCAUACAGGAAUGCCGAUUUAAAUUUGACACCAGUUACGGAAACGACUAACGGAUUCAUUAAUACAAAUAAUCAAUUCAUUAAUAGAAUCUUUUUGUGGUAAGCUUGACCUGCCUUGGCUGUUAACGUUGGAUUUUGUAUGCCUUCUCUUUUAUUUACAAUACCGAGCAGAAAACAUUGGUGGUAACUUCUCAUGCCUUUUCGAGAGAGCCGAAAUACAAGUACCGGUAAAUAGAUAUGAAUGUCCACAAAGGCUGAGCUUUUCCCCGGGGAAUCUAUUCUGAGGUUCAUUCACCAAUCACAACACCGCAAAUUAUAUGGGUCAUGGCAUUAACAUUACAACCAAUCAGAGGCUGUCCCCAACAUUCCAGGGAAAUGGGAACACGAUUUUCGUGGGCGAUUCACAGACGUUUGCUCUCCCGAUUUUUCCUGAGGGAGGGGGGACGUCUGUACACAGGCUAUUGGAUGUUCUGAGGAGUCUUUCAUAAGUCAAGCAUCUUUAUAGUCAAGCACAUUAUCAGCAAUGUAAAACCUCAUUCAACAUGAAGAGAGAGACAUGUAAAUGUUACAGGUCAAAAAUUAAAUUCGUGUUAAAAUUCUUUAACCUAGGUUGAUUCUUAAUUUCUUUUGCUCCUUGCCCUAAUUCAUGAAUAAUUAGGGCUAGAAGACAGAGGAAAUAGAGAAUCAACCUUAGUAGGUUGAAAAUUUUUAACAUAAUUUAUAUAUUCAAUACCCAGAUUACAAUGUUAUGUUGUAUUUGAUUAGCUGUGAAAGAAACUAGAUUUGCUUUCCUUAUCUUAAAGUCACAAAAUAUGCCAUUUAUUGAUUGUGAACAGUUUAUGUAACAAUAAAUUACAAUAAAAUUAGCCCCUUGAUGUCUGAUCUAUAGAAGUGACCAUUGAAUAGAGGUCAAAUUUACAGUAAAUAUGCAAAGGAAAAUUUCAAGAAAUUCAUAGAUGGCUGCUUAAUAGAGGUUUGAGUGACUGUAUUAUUAUUGUUUAUGACCUGGCCCCAGUUGUUCAAAAGGUGGAUGACGCUAUCCACUGAAUAAAUUUGUUUACACUGGAUAGUGAUAUAUCUGGUGGAUAGCGCUAUCCGAUGUUUGAACAAUCCGGGACCUGAUGAUUACCGAAACUGUUCAGCUUUGGUUAAUGUCAGUUUUCCUGUUACAUUUUCAAUGGCAGGCUUUUUACUGGAACUACAGAAGGAUGGUGGAAAAAUGGCUGAUACAGCAACUCUACUGUCAUUGUCAGACAGUAUUCAUCUAGUCCUUAUAAAAACAGAUCCGUCUGGUGACACCACUCUGAUUGCAUCUCAUUUCCUUGCAUGGCGAGAUAUUCUUUUGUCAUCAAAUGGGCGUCUGAGUUGUUCUGUUGAAAUCAAUGGGGUCGGUGCGGAAGCUAAAGUGCCCAUGGGAAUAUUAGAAGUAAAAUUUGAAAUAAUUCCAAGAUUUAGUCAGGUAAUGUCAGUUUGUCUCUUUCAAGGCUGAUGCACAAAAUGAUAGUUAGCCUGUAAGUAGAUGUGUCCUGCUUCCUUUGCUGCUCCUGUUUCCCAAGGUGUUAGAAAUGAAUGUGAUUGGCCACCUCACAGUAGGCGUUGUUCAACUAAAUAACAUCCUGAUUGGUUGUGACAAAAAACUGAUCUCGUAAUGAAUGCAGUGAUUUAUUCAACCUAAAUUUAGCAGGCAGUUUUCCAGUCAAAACAAAUUAAAAUAAUAAUUAUCAUUAUUAUCAAGUUCUGCAACAGAAAUCUUGUGCAAGACCAUGGAAAAUUUAAUGUAUACAAAACUAAAUGAUAAUAUGAAUAAUAAAAAUAGAAGCAUAAAAAGGAACAACUUGCAUUAGAACCUUAUUCAGACUUCCAGGGUAUGCAAGGUAGAUAUCACAUAUAUACAACAUGAAGCAACGAGAUUGCUCAAUGCAAGAAAGGUUCAUUUUAAACGAGCUAUAAUACACUCACUGUAUAUGCCAGUAUAGCCAUGACUUGAAGAAAUAUCAAACAAAGUUCGAUUUCUUUUAUUGUCCAUAAGAGAACUUAUAAUCAAUGUGCAAAUUUCUUGCUGCAACAGGUACAAUGAAGGCGCACAGACUUGUCACUUGAUCAUUUACCACAUGGCAGUAAAUGCUUUUUGGGAAUUGUUUAUUGCUAACAAUGUAUUGAGGUCAUGAAUAUGUGAAAAUCAUAUAAUUAUGAGAACUGCAGGGUGAAGAAUUAUAUGAAACAAGAUCGUCUCAGUUGUAGACGCCACUUUUGCAGCUGCAAAAAUUCCGGCUUGUACAAGCCAGAAUUUUUUUUCAGGCUUUCUUUUCGCAACUGCAAAAGUUGCAUCUAUGACUGCGAUGAUCUAAUUGUUUAUAUAUUUUCAGAUUUUAACAAAAGAUGUCAUAUCAGCUCAAGUUAAAUUAGAACACUCUAGAAUAGCAGAGAGGGAGCGACUUUUCUUAGUUUAUGCAAAGCAGUGGUGGAGAGAGUUUCUUCAGAUUCGUGCAUCUCAUAGUAACAGACUUGUAAAGAUUUUUGCCCAGGAUGAAUGCGGAACGAAUCGUCCUGUGUGCUCAUUUGUGUGUCCUCUUCGCGCUGGACGAUUACUUGACAGUCCCCGUCAGGCUGCUAGAUUUGUUAGUCUGCUGGGAUAUGAACAUUCACCAUCUGUGGGUGGUGGAAAAGUUGAAAUGUGGAGCAGUUUACAUGCAUUUCUGUGCAAAGGAAAAGGUGUAAGUAAAAUUUUAAAAAUGAGGAUAAUUAAUCAAACCGAUUUACUUCAUCAACAAAAAUGAACAUGAGGGCGGUGUCUGAGAAGCUGGUGGAGCCAAGAACUGAAGAUGAGUGCAUUGGGUAACCAUGACAACCCUGUGAGUGACAUCCACCCAUUUUUUUUACCAAAGGGAGAGUAGGGUACCGGUAGGGAGUAAAAGCACUUAACAAGCCCAAGCAAUAUAAAGUAUUGUAGAAAAUAGUAUUUGAAGAAAAGUGUAACUUGUGGAACAUGCUGACAUUUGUGUCUGCUUAAUGAAGGGUGUUACCUUUUCCCCUUGAUGUUACACCGUCAGGUCUGUCGCUGUGUGUAAUUCAAGUGGAUUGUAUGAUGACUUGUUCAUUCAUAGUAUAACACACAGUUUUACACUGCUGGUCAGACUGGAUAAGAAUGUGCCAUUUCAAAAUCUGCAUUGCUGCUCCAGCAACUUCAGAUGAAUCACUCAUCAAAAUGACAAAAAGUGAACCAAAAAAGUUAGUUUUACUGAAAACUGAUUGAUCAAUUUUCAUCUUGUUUUAAAGGACUGCGAGGAUCAUGCUGUCUUACUGUGCAGUCUCUUGCUUGGUUUUGGCCUCAAUGCUUUUGUCUGUGUUGGCACUAAGGCUAAAGGUGCUGCACACACAUGGGUCAUGACAAUCAGCCCUGAGGGAGAAGUUACAUUCUGGGAGAGUUUAACAGCACACAGGUACAGUGCAUGAUGGUAGAUCCCCAGUUUUUUUGGUCUUUUACGUUAUUUCAAGGAAUCAAACAACAGAUAUUUUUGGAAAGAAAGGUUCUUGGGUCAAUUUUCAGUUUUGUUAUUUAAAAUGGGUGGGACAAGUGGGGUCUCGUCACGAAACACAAACAAAUAGUGUACUUGAUCUCGGCCACGUGUUUGGGUGAUCUCUUGUUGCGGCUAUAAAUUCCCUAGGAAGCCAGCUGUGGGUGGGUCUGAGCACUCUGAAGUUACAUCAAAAGACUCAAAAGUGAAGUUAAUCAAGCCGUCAGAUGCUAGUUAAGGUCUUUUGGCCAAAUUAACGAUUUAAUUUUCUUCAGUUGUUCUUCAAUGUGAGUGUGCAGUAUAGAGGAAUUUGGCAGUUCACGUUUCAUGGAGUGCACUUCAAUCACUAUUCACAGACACCAAAAAUUGUCGAUCAAGGCUUCACGAAAAUAAGCUUUCCCCCCUUCCCCCUUUGUCACGGAUGGUAAGGGUGGACAUGGAUUGAAACUUGAAUCAAAGCUUACAAAGCUUCCUGUUUUUCACAUGUAAAUUAUCAUGUUCACGGGCUUGUUCGCAUCAGAAUAACACAAUUUCUACAUGAAAAGCAGGAAGGUUUGUCACACAAACAAGGUCACCUUUAGCCUCGCUUCUAUUCAAAGGCCAGGACACUGAGCACAUAACUGUAAAAUGGCUUGUUAUUGAAUGUAAGGGCUGGUACUGGAAGUUUGGAUCAGUAUAGUUUAUAUAAUUAAAUAAAGUACAUGACGAUUUUUAGAGAUACCACAUCCACUCUGGGACUCUUCGUCUACCUGAUUCCUGGUCGAAUUGAAAUUUGAAAAAGUUGGUUUUUGAGGAAAAGGGAAAUCAGAGUACCCGAGGAAAAACCUCUCCGAAGAAGGAAGAGAGUCAACAAUAAACUCAUCCCUCAUAAUAUUGUGGCAUCAACGCCGGUAUUUGAAAUCGAGCCACUUUGGUGGAAGUCGAGUGCUCUCACCACUGCUCCACCCUUGCUCCUAUAGUAAGUUCAUUGUAGUUGACUUGGUUUUACAGGUAUGCACAUCGUCCAGUGAACCCCGAUGAUCCACCUGCUUUGAAGCAGUCACGCCCUGAACACCCUUACAAAACAGUGGGAUGUGUGUUCAAUCACCAAUCCUUCUACGCCAACAGUCAGGUGAGAACACAUCUUAAUACAUCGAUAUAAUAAAACUUGUAGACGGCUCAACCCAGAACUAACUCUCAAGUAUCUAUUGUAUGAUUCAUAAUACUUUGCACAAAUUGGGUAUCUCAUCUGUAAAAUAAUGUAGCAACUUCGAGAAUGUAAUCAACUCUCUCAAAGACAGACACCUUGGAAACCGGCACUUGUUUACUUGUAUCUAAAGUCACCUGUUUCUUAGUUUAUUUCAUAUUUCCUUAAUCUACGUCAGACUAAGAAAAAUUACGAGUAAAUUUAAACUAGAAAGCGAUUAUCACCGUCGAUUUUUUUUCACUCGUUCAAGUGAAUACCACCAUCGUUUUACUUGUAUUUUUUUCUUUUUUUAGCCCGCAGAUGCUGUAGAUAUAUGUCUCUUUGAACUUUACAACGAAACGCGGUGGAAGAGUAUGAGUGAGGAAGCGAUAAGAUCAGUUUGUGGACCUAAACUCCUUGUAAGAUAUGAAGAACUUUCAUUAAAAACUGUUCCGCAAAGGAACACCGAGAUUCGUGUCGUUAACACCCGGUUCAAACGUCUCGUUUCACAUGUGCUGAAUUCAUUUCUAAGAGGAAAAUCUGUUGUUCUUACUUAUUUGCAUAAGGUUCCAUCCACGUCAAAUGUGACCAGACCUAUAGAACGAAUCUAACGGCAUGGAUCGUAGCAAAAAGAAUAUCCCUUCUUUUCACACAUGGUACACAUAACAUGUCCAUGUAAUCACAGUAACAGUUUUAGGAACUUUCGUUGUUUUGUGUUUCUAUUACUGCAAUAUUUGAGGGGUUCUUUGAUUGUACUUCAUAUAAAAUCAAAACCCAGUCAGCUCUGUGUUCAUUCCAGUUAUACAGUUGAACCUGCACAAACGGCCACCUCUCUAAAAGGGUCACUUUCUUUUGUCCUGGUGGACAGUCCAUACAUUGGCUCUUGUUUAAACCUCUCUACAACGGCAACGGUCACUAAAGCGUGUUCCAAACUCCCAAAAUAACUUCUCGACAACGGCCAGUUUUUUUCCAGCGACUGACGAAAAAGUCAAGAAUGGUCAUAGUGAAAUUUGAUCCGUAUGGCGCGUGGUAUAGAGGCAUUUAUACUGCUGCAGUAAACAUACAUGUAAAUUGUUUACGAUACUUAUAGCGAAUAUUGCAAAACUUGCUCGUUUUGUCACGUUAAAUUUUUGAUUAGUUGUGUAGUUUUUCUUCACAUAAUUAUUACGGAUAUGAUUGGAUGACCAUUAUGGGAUACAAUAAGCAUGAGCUUAGCACAAAAAAUAUGUUGUACUCCCUGAAAAAAAAAAUUGUCAUAUUACACCCCUGCCUCCUUACAACGGCCACUUUCUUCUGCCCCAAGGUGGCCAUUGCGGAGAGAUUCGACUUUGGGUUCGUGACGGUAACUUAUUCAUCUAGUCAUUCUUAGCCUGGGUCAGGUUGUUGAAAGCUCGGUAAGGGCGAAAUUUGAAUUCAGACAUCAAAGUUUAACGAGCAAAUUCAGUUAAACUCGUUUUUUACGAUUUGAUGAUUCGAUGCUCUAAAAAGAAAAGAGAUGUUUAUCCGAGAAUAUGCUUGUAAACAAACGAAAGAGAAACACGGAUUAAAAUGUAACUCCGGACUAGCGCUAAUCGCCCUUCGAACAACUAGGAGCAAUUGUCCAAAUGUGUGUUUUUUCUUUCCAUUAUCACAGCCGAGAGGACCAGUCUUUCCGCCUCUCUAUCCGCCGAGUGUGGACUCGGCCUUAGUUAGCAAUGACAUGGAGUAUGAGCUGAGGAGCCUGGUGACUGAUCAUAGAAGGGUAAGGCCUCUUAAGGCUGUCAAGCUUCCUAGACUACUUGUAAAGAAGUAAUGAGACUUAAAAAGCUGUCACAGUUUCUUGACAAUUCUUGGAAAGAACGUUUUCGUUGUUCUUUUUGUUUUUUUUUUUUGUUUCUUUUUCAUGUGAGACAGGUCCCGUUUAUAUGGAGAAACCUGUCCCAGCUAGAAGGAUAACCCUACCAGCUGAGUCAACGUUAGCGAGAAAAAGUUGACCCCUUUGCCCAAGCCAAGAGCGCUCGCGCAUGCUCUGAUUGUCUCGCCUUGACCGAAUUGACCCGGCUGGCCGAGCCAAAAGAGAGUUUAAGCUUCACGUAUACGGCAAACGGCAAACCGUCAGAUUCAAGUUGAGAAUUUCUCAAAAUAGAAAAUGAGCAGAUGAAAACUGCUCAGAACAAUUCUUAUGGAUAAAAAAAUGCCUGAAACUACUAAUUUAGGUGUAGAAAUAAUGAACAGUAAACGACAAGUAAAGGGAAAACUUGGUCACCUGGUACAACUUCGUGUUUGCCGUUUGACGUGAACGUGAAGCUUGACCUCUCUAAAGUAUUUAUAUGGAGAAAAAUUGGCCAGGCUAGGAGUAGUGACCGUACCAUCAUAAAAGGGUGAUCUAGUUAGGCGUCUUGUUAGGAAAUGUAUGAAAGUUGGCUCACCCAGGUUAGCUCCAGUAGGCGGGUGACCCUUAACAACUUUUCUCCAUAAAACGGGACUUUAUACCUCUUUGUUAAACAUCAUCCUCUGUCAUAAAUAUCUUUUGAAAUUUCCUAACCGCGUGCUGUUCCAACUUAGCGCAAAAUAGCCCGAGCUGUGACAAAAUUAACUUCAGUUGUACACACUCCAGUUAAGCUUCGAUGGAGACAGCUGAGAACCAGUUCGCUCAAUGUUGGAAAGCUUGAUCUAAGGAUAAUAAAUCUUUCACGUUUUAUUUAUUGUAUUGUUUUUUUUAUUAUUAUUUUCUUAGGAUCUUGGAUUGACCACUGCUUGGGAUGACGAAUUAAGUUACAUUCUCACUCCAGCGCUUGCGGCGUAUGAGUUGGAGCAUUGUACAGGAGUUUCCGCCGGAAAUGAAGAGUUCCAGCAAGCAAUUAGACGCGCUAUCCCGGAUGGACACACUUUCAAAGGGUUUCCCAUACAGUUUGUUCAUCGCAAUGCACGGCGGGCUUUUGCUACUUGUCUCAGGUGAGUGUUCCAGCUGGACUGCCAUCAACUAGUAUCGGGAUGUUUUUGAAAACUAAGUGGUUUUUUGUUGUUGUUGUUGUUGUUGUUUUCAAGCAGUAUGCGUCCACACGUAGCCUAUUUAAACCGUUUUCACCCGUCCACAUGAAAUACGAUCGCAUCCUUUACAGAGCAUGCGUAAUGCUAUUGGUAGAUGAUGUAUUCGAAAACCUUUCAGGCCCGUAGCAAGCAUAAAAUGACUGGGGGGGCUGAGCGAGUGGCCCACAUUAACUCCCCCUCCCGCUUCGGUCCCUUGGUUAAAGCAUACUUCUUGGUACAUGUGAGAUCACUACAUUUAUUUUGUCUACAAUACCUUUUGUUCUUGUCUCUAAUUUUCCGUUUGUGUUGACUUUGACGAAAGAGAGAACUUGUUUGGGAUAUCAUUCGCGGAAGAUUUGCCAAACAAUUGCUUUUGGUUUUCUUUCUCCCAAACGAAGUCAUUAGCUACGUCUACAAGGGUCAGAACAUCUGUUCCUUCCUUGUGAACAUGCGACAUCAUGAGGUGGUUCAGGUGGGAUUGUCAUUGGUGCAUUUCGAUCCAUUUUGCUUCUGAAUAUUUUGAUGCUUAAUAAGCAGAUAUUUUAAAGCUGUUGGUUGUUUUUGAAAGAGCAAAAAUACGAUUUCGUUCAUUUACACAAUUCCAAAUUGCACAGAAGAACAACAGUGCAUAAUCUUACCAUGAUCGACAAUACUUUGAAACUUUAGUUUCCAUUGACAGUUGUCCAUUUUAGUAGAAAAAUUCCACUUUUGAAGCAGAAUUUAAUUCAAGUCUGAAAAUUUCUGGGGGCGCUCGAGCCCCCCCUGCCCCUCCCCCUGCUACGGGCCUGCCUUUUCAUCUGCCCACACGUAAACGAGAAGCCGGCGUCUUCAAAAAUCUCCGCUGUAAAGAUCGUUAAUGAAAAGGUGCGUUUUUGGGUGCCCGAAAACACCGUGUGCUUGUGGAUAGAAGGUUAAAACGUAGAAAAUAUCGUGAUACGUGUGGACAGCGCCUAAGUCCAAGGCUGAUGAAAGGUUUUCUUUGCUGUGUUGAAAAUUUGUUUGAAAACUCGAAUUCUUAUACACCUUUAGCUCUUCGGAGACACCACUUUUUAUCUAAGUGAAAAGGGUUCUUAUUUUUAAGUUAACUGUGUGUAAUACCAUUGAAUGAUGGAUGUAAAGUAGCGACAAGCGACUAAAACUGGGGUGGGGAAAGUUGUGAAAUAUAAUACAGAGCGGCGCCAGUUGAAAGUCUUUAUUGAGAGAGGAAGUGGACACGGGACUUAGCUUCGAUUAAGCACCUUUCAUUUGGCAGUGGGUGCAGUCCUUUUUCUCCUGUUUGGUAUGAUUUUCAUGAUAAAAUUGUUUCUUUGUUUGUUUUUUUGUAUUUGUCAAAACGCGAGUCUUGGUGCCCGUCCGCUUUUAUUCACACGUAGAUUCAACUCGCUUUCAAAUGAAUAGUUGUUCAUUAUGCCUCGCUUUGAUGAUGAGGCGAAGGGAAUCACGGAAAUGAGAAAUUCCUGAGCUUUGCGAUGUUGUAACGAUUUAUAGUCAUCAAAUAGAGGUCGUUGUUGUUGAGGCCAUAAGAUCUGUAAUAGUACUAUAUAAACUCUUGUACUUUCCAGAAUGAAAGUGUUUUCAAUUUUCUCUUUUGAGGUAAGUGUUUUAAACGGCGGUAAUUGAAUUGCGUCUUAUUUCCAGGUCCCCGGUAUGUGAAGAAAUCAUCUGCUGUCGAGGAGAUCACGUGAGGUUAGCAGUCCGGGUACGAGUUUUCACUUACCCUGAGAGCGCAUGUGCAGUGUGGAUUAUGUUCGCUGUCAGAUAUCGAUGGAUUUUGUAGACAUAACAAUUCAUUGUAUUGUACUUAAAUGAACUUCAAACACGUCAUGAACCUUCAAACACGAACUAGGCUACAAUUACGUGUUGACAUAAUUUGAACACGGAUGUACAGGAUGUACACAAAACACUCCGUAACUGUAAAUAAAAGUAGAAGGAUUUUUCUGUGUAUGGUUUGAAGUUUACUUUUAAAUACUGCUCGUCGUCCUUAUGUUGCAAAGGAUGUUGCUGUUUGAGUGAAUCAGGCGUUUAAAAAAUUCAUAUCUAGAGAAAAGGUUAAUGAUUUGAAGAUUUCCUUAUUUUGACGAAAUUUACCGCGAACUCAACAUUUUGACAAUUACAAAUCAACAAUGGAAGUGAAACGUUUUGUUAUCUAGAACUGUAAUACGUUGAUUAAGGGGAUUUAGUAUGUUCAAAACCCAUUGAACGACACGUGUACAUUGCUAAUACACUGCUGAUACCACCUUUGCGAAUAUUAGGAAUAUAGCCUUGAUUAUUCAUGGGGAAAAAACUUUAAUGAUAGCCUGAUCUCACCCCGCUAUCACCAUUUUAUGUUGGAGAUUGUCACUUCUUUGUUCAGCCACUAGACUG